GUUUACCUGCCGACGCUCCAGGCGGAGCACUUAAAUACGCCUCCUCCCCCGGGUCCAGCUUUAGUCCUCCGGGAGAGACUGACGGAAACAGACGGUUGGGAAAGGAACCGCACGUUCUUGAUGAUAGAGGAAGAAACUAGGAUUCGUACUCAAUUAGAACGGAUUAUGAAGGCUUUUGGACAGCAGCAAUCCAACGCGCAGACCAGCCCCAUCCAGCACCACAGCGCACAGGAGCUCCUGGACAUGGCCGUGUACUGCGAUAACUUUGGCAGCAUGUACCAGCACCAGCAAAACCUCCAUCACAGUCACCACCCGCAGAGGCCGCCGGCUCAUCCUCCAAGCUACGGCCUCGGGGAGUACACCUCGCCGAACACCAACCCGUACCUGUGGCUAAACGGCCCAAGCAUCAACUCGUCUCCAUACCUGACGGGAUCGAAUGGAGCAUCGUACAUACAGUCUGGAUACGGAGCGAACCAGCGGCAGUUCCUGCCCCCUCCCACGGGGUUUGGUGGAGCUGACCUCGGAUGGCUCUCAAUCUCCAGCCAGCAGGAACUCUUCAAGAUGGUUAGACCUCCUUACUCCUACUCAGCGCUGAUUGCCAUGGCUAUCCAGGGCGCCGGGGACAAGAGGUUGACGCUGAGUCACAUCUAUCAGUAUGUGGCAGAGAAUUUUCCCGUUUUAUAAGAAGAGCAAAGCUGGGUGGCAGAACUCAAUCAGACACAACCUGUCACUGAAUGACUGUUUUAAGAAAGUUGCCCGGGAUGACGAUGACCCUGGUAAGUUACAAUACCUGUUGUACUUUUAAAUAACUCGUCAUUAUUUGCACCUAUUAAAUGUGUCGUUUUGAAUGUCAUACCCUUGCCAUUUGAUUUGUAGGACUUGUCUGUCAGUAGACUAGAGCAAUAAUGACCUUAUAUAUAUCUUGUUUAGGCCUACAUUGUCUGAUGUGUCCUGUCUUAAUGUGUUCAUAGGGAAGGGAAACUACUGGACAUUGGACCCAAACUGUGAGAAAAUGUUCGAUAACGGCAACUUCAGAAGGAAGAGAAAGAGGCGAGCUGACUUGAACGGAGGAGACACCAACAACACUGUUCUUCCGGUGAAGUCAGAAGACACAGCCGCCCUGAAGCUCUCCGACACGGCCAGCAUCAUGAGUUCAUCCCCUCCCAGCCUCCAGAACUCCCCUGGCUCCUCCGAGCCCAAAUCAUCCCCAUCCCCGUCUGUGGAACACAGUCCCUGUUACAACAACUUUGUCUCCACUAUGAACUCGAUGCUGGCGGGGAGCAACAACGGCUCUAUCCGGGGGGGCAGGGGAGACUUUGGUUCAGGAGGACAUGUUAUGGGGGAUUUGUCGCCUCAUCAGACCCGAGAGAACAUGUCCGGACUUGGUGCAUACUCGCCCUCUCAGAUCACGCCACUGAACUCUGAUACCACUCACCUCUCCACAGCCAAUAGAAUGAACUACUACACAUCAGCACAGAACAGUCACAGCGGAGGCAUGGGCCUCACCAACUCUCCCUCAAACCACUUCAGUGUUAAUAAUUUGUUAUACAGCCGCGAAGGAACCGAGGUG